GAUAUCUUAGUCAAGUCUUACAAGUCAUCCAACAUGGCCAAACACGUCCUUGCUCGUGUAGCUGAUAUAUCCAAGGGUGUAAGACCUCUCUCUCUCUCAAUCUCUCUCUCUCCAUAUGUGUGUAUGUCUAACUCUUUGAAAGAUUUGUUAUAGGAGGGAGAAGCAUUGACAAAGAAAGGAAGCCAAGCAAGCUUCUUUACACAAGCAUCAGUCUUGACAAGAAGAUCUUUUGUGAACAUGUAUAGGGAUUUGGGAUAUUAUUGGUUGCGCCUAGGAAUCUACAUUGCGUUGUGCGUGUGUGUAGGCACCAUCUUCUUUGACAUUGGCCACAACUUUGGCUCCAUUCAGGCGAGAGGCUCCAUGCUCAUGUUUGUGGCAGCAUUUUUGACGUUCAUGGCGAUUGGAGGCUUCCCUUCCUUUGUGGAGGACAUGAAGAUCUUCGGACGUGAGAGACUAAACGGGCACUACAGCGUGGGCGCCUAUGAGAUUGGAAACACCAUCUCUUCCACCCCCUACCUCCUCCUCAUCUCUCUAAUCCCGGGAGCCAUCGCCUACUACUUGGCUCGUCUUCAAGAUGGAGCCGAGUACUUCAUCUACUUUGCUCUAGUCCUCUUUGUGUGCAUGAUGCUUGUAGAGAGCCUCAUGAUGAUUGUUGCGAGCCUCAUCCCCGACUUCCUCAUGGGCAUCAUCACCGGUGCCGGUAUCCAAGGUGUCAUGAUGCUGAACGGUGGCUUUUUCCGACUGCCUAACGACUUGCCUAAGCCGUUCUGGAAGUACCCAAUGUACUACAUCGCAUUCCAUAAGUAUGCUAACCAAGGUUUUUACAAGAAUGAGUUUGAGGGUCUUACUUUCCCUAAUGGCUUAGUAGGAGGGUCACCCACCAUAACAGGAGAGAAGAUUUUUUCAGAGACAUGGCAAGUGGAGAUGGGGUACUCCAAGUGGGUGGACUUGGCCAUAUUGUUGGGCAUGGUGGUUUUAUAUAGGCUCAUGUUCUUGGGCAUAAUUAAGUUUAGUGAGAAUGUGAUGAAGAAAAAAUAGUUGAAAAGUAACUUAUUGAAAAUAGCAUAAAGUAAAUAAUAUUAUUAAAUAUAUUUUAAAAUAAUAGAAAAAGAGACCAUGAAGUAAA